AUGUAUAGUUUAGUAAAUUCAAACUAUAACCGCACUUACAAUCCAAACGGCAAGCAAAAUGCUUUGUCUGACUUAAAAAGACUGCUCACAUCAAGAGACAUAAACGCUCAAAAUAAAGCUUGUGGUUAUUUGAUAGAAGUUCUAAGCCGAUAUGACAAAAAUUCCGAGGACAGACUUCAUUUAGUGCAAUAUUUCCUCGAUAAUGAUAUAACAGUUUUCUUGUCUGAAGUAACUUGUAACUUGGAUUUUAAUUUAUUAAGGUCUGUUUUGAAAUGCCUACGACUCGUCUCGUCUAUGCCAAGUUUCUUUAGCGAGGACCAUGCACCUCACGCGAUGUCUGCUGUCUUGCGUGCUAUGAAUCACUUUCUUGCAACCAACCUAAACGCAGUGGAAUCUUGCUUACAUUUCCUUUGUGAUUUAUUAAAUGGGAUUAGAGCAAACAAAACACCAUCACCCCUUGCCCACCAAAGCGCUUACAGCACUGAUCAAUUACUCGCUUCAUUCAGCACUUUAGCUACACGUAUUAACGUUAUAGCUGAUACCAAAAGUAUUUUAUCGUGCGCUUUAGUGCUUCAAGAGCUGAUUUCCUAUCAGCCUGACGAUCUUACUAUACCGAGUAGUAUAGCCAAGUAUUUAGUAGAUGUGGUAAAGAAGUGGUUGGAGUUAUUAUUGGCUGGGUUAAAUCAUAUUGCGUUAGCUGGUAAAGCGGACGAACUUGGAAUGCUCUUCGUCGUUACAUGCCAAAUAGGGAUGGAUUGUUUAGGACUUGCAAAGAUUUUUGACCAAGCGAAACCUCCAACGGCAUUCGUUACCAAAGUCCUUGCGGAUAAUCAAGAGAUCGAUAAUUUGAAGGAUUGCUCAAAAUUUAUGAAACUCCACAUACAUCGAACGCUUAAUGACAUGGUGAUAUUUGUUAAGGUAAGAUUUAAGAUUAAAUAAAUUUAGAUUAAGUUAACUCCGGCAUAUUUAUUGUACGAGC